CCAAUCAGGGGCAGGAAGGGGAGGGCUACCAGGGGGACAAGGCGACCGUGUUGCGAAGCGUCGCGUCGCUAUGGUGACGACAUUACACCAACUCUGCUGCGAUGUCCACCUCGCUGGGGAGAGACGAGCGGAGGAGCAGACGCGCCCUCGUGCUGAGGCCGUCCUCGCGAGCGGCCAACGUGUCCGCGUCGGGCGGGCACGCGGUGAGCCACGGCGCCGGACACGCGUCCGGCAGGAGGCGCUUCAGUCUGUGCGCCGGGAGCAGGGUCCUGGAGAAGAGACACGCGGCUCGGGUGUUGGAUGACGACGGCAAUGACGUCACUCCCCAGCCUCUGAGCCAGGCGGAUCCUUCAGGAGCGCACCAGGCCAAAGUCGACCGGUUCUUUGUGGAGGACAUCACUGGUGGAUCAGCCUCCGAGCAGGCGACGGCCGCGGGCAGCUUCACCAUGCCCUUCUCCAGGUCCCUGUUCGGAAGCAGCAGAAUAUCCAGCCUGUCUGCAAUAGAGUCGAUAAAUGAAGAGAUUGAGGACAUAUUUUCGAAACGAGACAUUCCCAUCAACUACCCAGACGAGCACAAGAAAAGAGACACUGUGGAAGAGGAGGUGACAGAAGAAAUGUUGAAGGAAGUCAUUGACGUCUACAUUUCGGAGACGGACAGCGUUUCACUGCUGGACAUACCCUCCACCGUCAUGUCGGUGGACACUGAUGAAUCAGAAGCUAUCAUAGAGAGAAACCGUCAGUAUGCUGAAGUUUGCAGGAACAGAAUGGGCAACGAUAAGUACAUGGAGCGAUCAAUGCAGACGCUGAGCGGAGCCGCGAAAGACAAACAUGUCCAGAGUGAUGCCGUGGUCAUGGUGAACACAGCUACGUCUGCCAGCACCUGGGACAUAUAUGAUGCUCUGUGCAGCCCUGUGCCACAGAAGACCAACUAUCCAGAGGCGGUUGUGGACAUGAGCAGGAGUGCAGAGAGGAGCAUGUCAGUGGGCAGCACAGCCAGCACGGCCACUGCUGUUAGCUCACUGAAGGAGGUGGACGCGUUUGGCAGCACCUCGGGUGCGGAGUCAGACCUGCAGCUCAUCAUGCAAUCAGAGACAUUCCAAAACUGCUUACUAGUAAUGGAGAAGAGCAUCCUGGGAAACACCUUCCAACCGGACCUGGCUGCUUACAGACAGCUGCCUGUACUGGAAGACCCAGACUUCCCGGUGAGGCAGAGGAAGGAGGAGACAGAGAGCGGUGGGCCUCCAGCUCUGCAGCGUUUGUGGGCUUUCAGCUGUGAGCUCAACAGAGGACGCAGUGUCAGAAGCAUGGCCUGGAACAAGAAGAACACGGACCUCCUGGCUGUGGGUUAUGGUGAAAAUGACUCCGGCGACCUGACACCAGGCCUGGUGUGCUGCUGGUCCCUCAAAAACCCCACAUGGCCUGAGCGUGUCCUCCACUGCGACAGUGCCGUCACCUCUCUAGACUUCUCAGCCAACAACCCCAGUCGACUGGCUGUGGGGAUGCUCAAUGGCAACAUUGCUAUCUACGAUGUGCAGGGUCGAGAACAAAACUCACACGUGGUUAGCAGCAGCGAGUGUCUUAAAAAGCACUUGGGUCCAGUGUGGCAGCUCAGGUACAAUCAACAAGGACUCAGCUUCGCAGGAGAGAAGGUAGAGGAGCUCUUCUCUGUGUCUGCUGAAGGCAGGAUCAGCAGGUGGUUCGAAUUCAACACUGGCCUCGACUGCACAGACGUGAUGAAGCUCAAGAGGAUUCAUAAUACGAAGAAGAAGGCCAGAGGGAACAACACAGAGAAGACAGGGAGUGUUCUGACAGCAAUGACUCCUGGUCUCUGCUUUGACUUCUAUCCAACAGACCCCAGUGUCUACUUGGUCGGCACACAGGAAGGUCUCAUCCACAGUUGCUCCUCCUCCAACAAUCAGCACUUUCUGGAUACUUUCAGGAAACACUUUUGUGCUGUGAACUGCGUCGCGUGGUGUCCACUCAGUCCUGAUGUGUUCCUGAGCUGCUCCUCUGACUGGACCAUCCAGCUGUGGAAGCUGGACCAGCUCAACCCGGUGUUGGGCUUCACCUCUAUCCAGAGGGCAGUGUGUGAUAUCAAGUGGUCUCCAAAGUGGGCCACUAUAUUUGGGGCCGUGAACGAGGGACAGCUGGAGAUCUGGGACCUGAAUUCGAGCUUCCUGGACCCCGUCGCUGUGCAGCCCGCUGCCCCUGGCGUGACCAUGAAGUCCCUGCUGUUUACCUCACGUGCAGACUGUGUCCUGGUUGGAGACAGUGACGGACAAGUGACAGUUUACCAGCUCAAAAACCUGCGAGUGGGAGAGAGCAGCCAGGAACGUGUUGGCUGUAGCUCGGACUGCACAGGUGUACUUGUCUCCUCAUCUGAGUUUGUCCAGGUGGAUAUUCUGCAAGACCUCUGCUCUGAAGCUUCCUCAUAGGGAGAAGUCAUUUUCAAGAUUCAAGUGAGAAUCUCUCUCUGGACCUGUCGGACAUAUUUACAGAGAAAUAAAGUGAAAAAAGAUUCUUCAGAAGGAGGUCGAUAGUCUUUUUGUAGAUGCUGCAGAAGUAGUUUGAGAUGUUCUUAGAAACGAUGUGAUCUUUUCUACUGUAUAGACACCUGGAGUUUAUAUCCACUGUUACUGACAGAACUGAACAUAACUACAGCUGCUGUUGGCAAAUAACUACAGACAGUAACUUGAAAUCUACAGGAUGUCGGUAUCUGAUACCUGGAGAUAAAGAUUUGAAUGUCCUGACUCUCAAAAUGUUGAGUUUAGUUGCAAGGUUGGACGCCCUUUGUCCUUAAUGUACUGAGACAGAGACAGAGUGUUUCUAUGUGGUUUGAUGACCACAUUUUUCUGCACCUGAUACUGCCGAGUGGGUUGCAAAGCUCCUCCCCCCCAGGCUCCACCUUUCUACUUUAGUCCUAAUAUGUCUCAAAUAUUAAAAAUGGCAAUAAAUGUGUUGCUUGGGCCCACUCUCGAUACCCAUGGGGGGGUUUCUGCAUCGCGCUCCUUUUCUUGGCCUAUCAUGCUGCUGGCUAAAUACAGGGAGCAUUAUUGAGAAUGGAGCCAUCAGCUCCAAGCCUAACUGUAUUUCCAUUUGUUGCAAUAAACGGUUAAAUCUAUGAGGAGAGUGUUCCUGACUUAAAUUGAGUUCUUGUAAUAAAUUCUUCUGCUUUAGACA